UUUGGUAAAGGUGCCUCUUCAAAAUGCAAAGUGGAUAAGUUUGGGAGUAUUGAUGUAGAAUGGAUAGAUAAAAUAUCAGAGUGCCCAGUGUAUCGUCCAUCUAAGGAAGAGUUUGAAGUUCCUUUUGUUUAUCUGCAAAACAUUGCUCCAGACGCUUCAAAACAUGGGAUUUGUAAGAUUGUGUCUCCUCUGAGUUCUUCUAUUCCAGUGGGAAUAGUACUAAAGGAGGCAAGAGAUUUUAAGUUCACAACUAAAGUGCAAACUCUUUGGCUGGCAGAGUGGGGUACCAAUGACAAGGUCAACUUUUUUAUGAGAGGAAGGUACUAUACCCUCCGUGAUUUUGAGAAUAUAGCGAACAAGGUAUUUGCUCGUAGAUAUUGUAUUUCUGGCUGUCUUCCUUCCACACUAAGGGAAUUUUGGAAGGACAUGGCUCGUGGGAAGAAAAGAACAGUUGAAUAUGGAGUUAAUGUCGAUGGUAGUGCCUUUUCAUGUGCUUUGCAUGAUCAGCUUGGAAGAAGCAAAUGGAAUUUGAAGACACUUCCACACCUUCCCAAAUCAACAUUGCGAUUGUUGGAAACAGAAAUUCCGGGAAUAACAGAUCCCGUGCUUUACAUAGGAAUGUUAUUCACUAUGUUUGCAUGGCAUGUGGAAGAUCAUUACUUGUACAGUAUUAAUUAUCAUCACUUUUGUGCACCCAAAACCUUGUAUGGAGUUCCCAGUCAUGCAGCUCCUGAGUUUGAGAAAGUUGUCCAGCAUUAUGUUUAUAGUGGUGCUAUUUUAUCAACUAGUGGCAAGGAUGGAGCUUUUGGUGUGCUUAUGGAUAAACCGACAAUGUUUCCCCCAAAUAUUUUACUGCAACAGGACGCCCCUGUUUACAAGGCUGUGCAAUUGCCAGGGGAAUUUAUAAUCACCUUUCCUAGAUCAUAUCACGCAGGAUUUAGUCAUGGUAAGAUAUUUAAUUGUGUUGAAGCAGUAAACUUUGCAAUAGGUAACUGGUUUCCAUUAGGGCAAGCUAGUCAGCGUUAUGCACUUCUUCGCAGGAUGCCAAUUGUUCCUUGUGAAGAACUUCUCUGCAAGGAAGCAAUGCUUCUUUCAAAGUCUUCAAAUCAGGAAGAUAGUUCCUUUGUGGACUCAGUCUCUCUCCAUUAUGUCAAGGUCUCUUUUGCAUGCCUAAUGCGAGUGCAUCACUGUGCCCCCUGGGUUUUAAAGAGAUUAAGAGCAACUCUGAGUGAAUCUCCAAAUUCUCAAGAAACCAUUUUCUGUAGCCUCUGCAAAAGGGAAUGUUACGUGGCACACGUUGCAUGCAAUUGUUGUAGAAUCCCAUUUGCCUCUUUCAUGGUAUCAGAUCUUCAUUCAUUCUAA